UGAUGCGUUCGCGCAACAGCUGAAAGGUCAAGGGUUACAGCUGAGGGUGAAAGACCGACGCGCGACGUUGGAAAUUUGCACAUGUGCGAACACGAUUACACAUGCGUCGGAGGAAAAUAUGACAAAUAUGGACAACGAAAGUAGUUUGGAGCUAAACCUGGUUUCAGACACUUACGUCGGGGCUCCCGGUAAAGCGACGAAACAGGGCCGGGGCUGGAGAGAGAAAAAGAAGAGGAGAAACCAGAAAAGAACCUACACAGGUGCACAUGCUCACACCAGUCCCUCAAAAUGGCGUAAAGUAGAGGCAGACUCAGACGAUGAAGCACCACCAGACUUGUUACAAUCUAACCAAGAUGUCAAAUCAUCGGUUAAAGAUAGCAAAACGGUUCAGACACAGAGAACUUCUCUACCUUCUCCCAAGUCCAAGAAAAAGGAAGUGCAGUUGUCUCCAUCUAAGAGAAAGGAGGCGAAACUUUCUCCAAGUAAACCUGACUCGAUCACAGAACAUGGAGGCAAGUUUCCCCAGGGAAAAGGAGUCAUCUCCUCACUUUUCAGAUACAACCCAGAGAUACCAGUGGUGGCACAGGAAACUGUACAAGAGAACAAAGAAGAAGUUUUCUCUGCGGAAAAGUUUGGGGACCUCAACUUACAUCCGUUCAUGAUCAAAAACCUUGAGGAAAACUUGAUGGUUACCAAGACAACCAGUGUACAGAAGGAGGCCAUUCCUGUGUUGCUGCAGGGAAAAGAUGCACUGGUAAAAUCUCAGACAGGGUCAGGAAAAACCCUUGCCUAUAGCAUUCCAGUAGUGCACUGUCUACAAGCAAAGAAGCAGAAAAUUCAGAGGUCUGAUGGUCCAUAUGCAAUAGUCCUGGUGCCAACAAGAGAGCUGGCCAUUCAGACACAUGAUGUUAUCCAGAAACUAGUGAAGCCAUUUUGUUGGAUCGUACCAGGCUGCAUCAUAGGAGGAGAGAGGAGGAAAGCUGAGAAGGCCAGACUAAGGAAGGGCAUAAACAUCAUCGUGGCCACCCCCGGCCGACUAGUGGACCACACCCAAAACACCCAGUCUCUUCAGCUGGGGAGGGUGGAAUGGCUCAUUCUGGAUGAAGCAGAUAGACUUCUGGACAUGGGGUUUGAGAAGGAUAUCCGUGCCAUCCUGAGCGGCCUGAAUGAUAGGAGAGGUUCCACUGACAGACAGAACGUCCUGCUCUCUGCUACACUGUCUGAAGGAGUGGAGAGACUUGCAGGCAUGAGUUUAAACAAUCCAGUCAAGAUCACUGUUACCAAAGACCUUCCCUCUGAGAAACAACAGACAAACUCAGAGGAAGACAAGAGUGCAGAGGAGAGGUUUGUUACACCGGCUGAACUGAAGCAGCACUUCAUUCUGGUCCCCAGCAAGUUACGACUGGUCACACUGGCUGCUUUCAUCCUGUGGAAAUGCAAGUUUGGCAGCCAUGAGAAGAUGUUAGUGUUUCUGUCUACCCAAGACUCGGUAGACUUCCACCACCAUCUACUGAAGAAUGUCCUGAACGAUGAGGAUGAUGAGGCAGAGUUUGGUGGACAUGACAUCACAUUCUCCAGGCUUCAUGGUAACAUGACACAGCAGGAGAGAACAGAAGUGUUUCAGCAGUUUCGAGAGGCUCGAAGUGGAGUACUACUUUGUACAGAUGUUGCUGCUAGGGGUCUCCAUUUACCCAAAGUCAGCUGGAUUCUUCAGUACAACACGCCGGGGUCUGCAACAGACUACAUCCACCGUGCAGGGCGCACGGCGAGGAUCGGCAGGCAGGGUCAGGCGCUCCUGUUCCUCCUGCCGUCGGAGGUCGAGUUUGUGAAGGUCCUGGCAACAAACAACAUCAGUAUGGAAGAGAUGGCAAUGGAUGAAGUACUGAAGACACUUUUCAUCAACUCCAAGGACUCAGACAAGAAGAAAACACCAAGGUAA